AGAGAUGUUUCUGUCGCUGUAGCAGCCAUCAUUUCACUCAAUACAAGCCUAUGCUAAAAAGACAGAGAGGAGGUAUAGUCAUGGAUUUGCACGGGAAUACCGACUGAAAGGAACAUACUCGCUCCACUCCUUCGCCUAUGGUUUAUUUGCCGGCGUGUAUCCGUUGCAGGUGAUCGUAACUAGCAGCUGCUUUGACCUGGUUUCCCAGCAACCACUGGCAUAAAAAGUGGCCUUGGCCUCCUUAUUGGUGGAGGGGCAUAGGUGAAGGAGUGGACCCUGACUGCCCUCUUUCUCUGUUAUUUGCUUCGUUUUGUGAUAAGAGGGGGAGUAAAGUGCUAAUAAGACUACCCAGAGCAUGGGGCAGAAGGUUCCGGGAGGCAUAAAGACUGUGGACAUGCGGGACCCGGCGUUUCGGCCCCUCAAGCUAGAGCUGCAGGCCCUAGACUACACCAAGCCUUCCCGUCUGGAUAUGUUGUUAGACAUGCCAUCAGCCUUGCAGGAUGUCCAAGUGCAGCACUCGUGGAACAAUGAUGACCGGUCGCUUAACAUCUUUGUUAAAGAGGACAAUAAACUCAUAUUUCACCGGCACCCUGUAGCGCAGAGUACAGAUGCUAUCCGGGGCCGAGUGGGAUACACACGGGGACUGCAUGUGUGGGAGAUCAGCUGGGCCAUGCGCCAGCGGGGAACCCAUGCCGUUGUUGGUGUGGCGACGGGUGAAGCCCCGCUGCAUUCUGUAGGAUACACUGCACUUGUAGGAAACAAUAACGAGUCCUGGGGCUGGGACCUGGGACGUAACAAACUCUAUCAUGAUGGCAAGAAUCAGCCCAGUAGGACGUAUCCAGCUUUUCUUGAGCCUGAUGAGACCUUUAUCGUCCCAGACUCGUUUUUGGUGGUCCUGGACAUGGACGAGGGGACUUUAAGUUUUAUUGUUGACGGACAAUAUUUAGGGGUUGCUUUCAGAGGACUCAAAGGAAGGAAGCUAUACCCUGUAGUGAGUGCUGUGUGGGGACACUGUGAAAUCAGAAUCCGGUACAUCAAUGGACUUGAUCCUGAACCUCUGCCAUUAAUGGACCUCUGUAGGCGCUCAGUACGGAUCGCGUUGGGGAGAGAACGACUGAGUGAAAUCCAUGGACUGCCCUUACCUGCCUCCCUUAAGAACUACUUGCUCUACCAAUGAUUAUAGUAGUGCCUUUACAACCAUUCAAGGCAUAGCAUCCACCUCUGUUUCUCUCUGGGAUUAAUCUUCACUCUGGCAAGCCUGUUUCAUUACAUCUUUGGUUUGGUUUCAAUGCCAUUCUCGGUCAUUGGGUAUAGUACCAACAAUAUUUUUUUAUACAAAUCAGACCAAGGGUGUCUCAUGCUUGAUGCUUUCAGGAUCAAGUGUGGCAACGUCUCUCUUGCUUCGCUCAUUUACUGGAUAUCCACCCGAAUGCUUUCGCUGGAAUCCUGUGGCAGAUAUGAAAACAAGAACCCUUCUCUCUAAUCAUGGCUUAGUGAAACUUCAGCUGUUUGUCAAGGCCUUUUCCUUUUAUAAUUUUUUACUCCCUUUUUUUUUUUAUGAGAUGUUGGCACCUUUCUUGUAUCAUGUCAUUAAUUUGAGGGUCCAUAUAGUGACUCUUUGCAGGCAAUGCAAGAUACAUUACUUUCUCAACACCUUUAGGCUUAACAACCAGCAAGUUUUUAUGUUGAUUGACAUUUUUAUAUGAUUUUCAAUUGUCCUUCCCCUUGCGGUCAGUAUAAUAAUGUAGCUGAGUCAACUUCCGAUCUGUGGCCACGGUUAACAGGUCAGCAAGUUGAUGACACUCAAGGGAAGGCGAUGUCUUCCCCUGCUCACUCUUGGCAGGUUAAAAAUAGCCUGGUUUUAGCUGUAAGUCUGGCCUGGAAAAAGUCUUUGAUGUCUGUGAGGGGGGGAGUUGAGAGGCUAACAUUCAUGGAAACAAACACAGCUAGUGCGUUAUGCUAGCUUUUUUUAAUCUCUCGACAAGUCCCUCACCUCUGUUAACACUGCAAUAUCUGAAGUGCCUGGCUCAUGAUACUGGUAUAUUAAGAGAAAGCCAUGAUUUAAAGUCAUUUUUAUAUUAAAUUAAAGAUAGCAUCACUGUGAAACUAUGUAGCAUACAUUAAUCAAUAAGCGGUUGUAUAGCUUGCUUUCUGUAAUGGCCCCUAAAACCUGUGAACACCCUUCCCACAAUUACUUUUUGCCGGUUUUAUUAUUGAGGAGUGUUUGUUUUUAACCUGUUGAUGAUUUGAGAAAAGCAGGGAUUGAAUAGUGACACUGCUGUGUGGUGCCUUGUCUAUGACUUAAUGUUAAAAGUGGCACGCAGGCAAAUGUUGAUGUUUCUUGCUCUGUUAUUUUAAAGUCUUGAUGC